AUCAGGUGCCUUGGGACUCUUUCAGCGCCUGGGGCUCUUACAACAGAGUUCAGAGCAGACACAAUGCCAGCCCUCCUGCUGCUGGGGCUCCUCGUGGCCACGCUCUGCCCAGCUGUCCUCUGCCACCCAGUGGCCACAGCUGUCCCUCAGGAUGCCCACCGGGAGGACACAGCUGAUGCGACACGCCUGGUGGGGCUGGUCUCCAGCAAUGCUGACUUUGCCUGCAGCCUCUACAAGCAGCUGGCCUUGCUGAACCAGGACAAGAACAUCAUCUUCUCCCCACUGAGCAUCUCCACUGCCCUGGCCUUCCUGGCCCUGGGGGCCCGUGACUCCACACUCACGGAGCUUCUCCAAGGCCUCAAGUUCAACCUCACUGAGCUGCCCGAGAAGGAAAUCCACCAGGGCUUCCGGCAGCUCCUGCUCACCCUGCGCCAGCCCCAAGAGCAGCUACAGCUCAGCCUGGGCAAUGCACUGUUUGUUGGCCAGCAGCUGCUUCCGGCCUUCCUGGAGGGCGCCCAGGAGCUGUAUGCUGCCGAGGCCUUAGACACCAACUUCCAGGACACAGCCACUGCCAAGAAGCUCAUCAAUGACCAUGUGGCACAGAAAACCGAGAACAAAAUUGUGGACCUGAUCAAGGACCUUGAUCCACAGACCAUAAUGAUGCUGGUAAAUUUCAUUUUGUUCAAAGCCCACUGGGAAGAGCCCUUCAAUCCCAGUGACACCUCCCCGUCCAAGUUCUACUUGAAGAAGGACAAGUGGGUGGAUGUGCCCAUGAUGGAAAAGGAGAGAUUCAACACACCCUACUUCCGUGAUGACGAGCUGUCCUGCACUGUGGUGCAGCUCAACUAUGUGGGCAAUGCCAGUGCCUUCUUCAUCCUCCCAGAUGAGGACAAAAUGCAGGAGGUGGAAGCCAACCUGUCGCUGGCAACCCUGAAGCGCUGGAGAGACUCGGUGAAGACUGAAUGGAUCGCUGAACUCCACCUGCCCAAGUUCUCCAUCUCCAGUGAGUUUGACCUAGUCGAUGUCCUUCCCAAACUGGGCAUCAGUGAGGUCUUCACCAUUAAGGGUGACUUGUCUGGAAUCACAGGGAACAGGAAUGUGGUGGUCUCCAAGGUGAUCCACAAGGCUGUGCUUGAUGUUGCUGAGAACGGCACUGAGGCAGCUGCCGCCACUGCAGUUGGGGUUAUGCUAACAUCUAUAGCAAUGGGCACCACUGUGCGUUUCGACCGGCCCUUCCUGGUAGCUGUCGUCUCCACUGACCCGCCAAGUAUUCUCUUUCUGAGCAAAGUCACCAACCCAUUGCAAGCCUAGAGCUCCUUGCUGGAUGUCAGGAAGCUGUGGACUGUCAGGCCCAGCUGUGACUGAGUGUCCCUGGGAAGGUGACAGCCACCUCUAGCAGCACGGAUCCAUGUGCACUGAUAGCCCAUGGAUAGCUCUUUCCAGAGGUUUUGUGGUCAUCUAAGAGCAAUAAAGCCUUUGGUGGAUUGGA